AUGUGCGUCUCAUUCUGCAGUAGUGGGAGUUGUGGGAGUAGUGGGAGUAGUGGGAGUAGUGGGAGUAGUGGGUGUAGUGGGAGUAGUGGGUGUAGUGGGAGUAGUGGGAGUUGUAGUAGUGGGAGUAGUGGGAGUAGUGGGAGUAGUGGGAGAAGUGGGAGUAGUGGGGUAGUGGGUUGUUGUGGGAGUAGUAGUAGUAGUGGGAGUAGUGGGAGUAGUGGGAGUUGUGGGAGUAGUGGGAGUAGUGGGAGUUGUAGUAGUGGGAGUAGUGGGAGUAGUGGGAGUUGUAGUAGUGGGAGUAGUGGGAGUUGUGGGAGUUGUGGGAGUUGUGGGAGUAGUGGGUGUAGUGGGAGUAGUGGGAGUAGUGGGAGUGGUGGGUGCAGUAGGAGUUGUGGGAGUAGUAGUGGGAGUUGUAGUUGUUGUGGGAGUAGUAGUAGUAGUGGGAGUAGUGGGAGUAGUGGGAGUUGUGGGAGUAGUGGGAGUAGUGGGAGAAGUGGUGGGAGUGGUGGGUGCAGUAGGAGUUGUGGGAGUAGUAGUGGGAGUUGUAGUUGUUGUGGGAGUAGUAGUAGUAGUGGGAGUAGUGGGAGUAGUGGGAGUUGUGGGAGUAGUGGGAGUAGUGGGAGUUGUAGUAGUGGGAGUAGUGGGAGUAGUGGGAGUUGUAGUAGUGGGAGUAGUGGGAGUUGUGGGAGUUGUGGGAGUUGUGGGAGUAGUGGGAGUAGUGGGAGUAGUGGGAGUAGUGGGAGUGGUGGGUGCAGUAGGAGUUGUGGGAGUAGUAGUGGGAGUUGUAGUUGUUGUGGGAGUAGUAGUAGUAGUGGGAGUAGUGGGAGUUGUGGGAGUAGUAGUGGGAGUUGUAGUUGUUGUGGGAGUAGUGGGAGUAGUGGGAGUAGUGGGAGUAGUGGGAGUAGUGGGAGUAGUAGUGGGAGUUGUAGUUGUAGUGGGAGUUGUAGUAGUUGUGGUAGUGGGAGUAGUGGUAGUUGUGGGAGUGGUAGUAGUAGUGGGAGUAGUGGGAGUAGUGGGAGUAGUGGGAGUAGUAGUGGGAGUUGUAGUUGUAGUGGGAGUUGUAGUAGUUGUGGUAGUGGUAGUAGUAGUGGUGGUAGUAGUAGUGGGAGAAGUGGUAGUUGUGGGAGUGGUAGUAGUAGUGGGAGUAGUGGGAGUAGUGGGAGUAGUGGGAGUAGUAGUGGGAGUUGCUACUUACAAGUACAGGACUAA